AUGGCUGGGAUCGCCACCAUGGAGGAAGUGAAGUGCAAUAUCCAGGUUCUGCAGCAGCAGGCAGAUGAUGCAGAGGAGAGAGCUGAGGGCCUCCAGUGAGAAGUUGAGGAAGAAAAGUGCCGGAAACAGGCUGAGGCUGAGGUGGCCUCCUUGAAUCGUAGGAUCCAGCAGGUUGAAGAGGAGCUGGACCAUGCUCAGGAGCACCUGACCACUGCCCUGCAAAAGCUGGAAGAAGAGGGAAAAGCUGCUGAUGAGAGUGAAAGAGAUAUGAAGACAGUGAGACUCCGUCUUAAACAAACAAACAAAAAGAUGGAACUCCAGGAAAUCCAACUCAAAGAAGCUAAGCAUAUUGCAGAAGAGGCAGAUAGGAAAUAUGAAGAGGUGGCUCGUAAGUUGGUGAUCAUUGAAGGAGACUUGGAAUGCACAGAGGAACGAGCUGAGCUGGCAGAGUCCCGCUGCCAAGAGACAGAUGAGCAGAUCAGACUGAUGGACCAGAACCUGAAGUGUCUAAGUGAUGCUGAAGAAAAAUACUCUCAAAAAGAAGGCAUAUAUGAGGAAGAGAUCAAGAUUCUCACUGAUAAACUCAAGGAGGCAGAGACCCGUGCUGAGUUUACUGAGAGAUUGGUAGCCAAGCUGGAAAAGACAACUGAUGACUUGGAAUAUAAACUGAAAUGCAACAAAGAGGAGAACCUCUGUACACAAAGGAUGCUGUACCAGACUCUGCUUGACCUGAAUGAGAUGUAG